CCGGGCUUUUUGCGCGCACCUUGACGCUCCUCCCUGUUGCCGCUGAGCGCUUGCCAGUAACCGCUCGAGCGUCGGUGCUGCGUUUACCGCUCAUCCGUUCCUUGCUGUCAGCCGCUGUGACGUUCCGGACCGGACGGACUCCCUGACUAUGUGUUUUCCUUGCUGAGGAUGGUGACCUCCGGAUAGUUCCAAGUUGGGGCUCAUUUCGCCUUUUUUUUCAUUCGUAGGUGCACUUAAUGGGACAAAGGGCCUUGAUGAAGAGACUGAUAGUAGUGUACCGGAUUCCCUGGAUGCCUAACACACUCCUCCACUGAAGCGCCAAAAACAUAUUUACAGCCAGAGACUGAAGUGCACUUCAGAAGAGCGGCCAUCAUAAAGCGUGUUCCUGUGAUGACAGAAGUGGAGCCAGUGUUGGACUUUGCCUCCUCAGGGCGCUCUGGGAGGAGAAACGCUCUGCCCGACAUCCUCGGUUCUCCAGCAGGAGUAAAUCCUGCAGACCUGCCACUUAAACUGGCUGAGCUAUCUGUUGAAGAUGGUCCAGGAGCAGCUCAGUCGCCAGCAGCAGAGGAGCCUCCUGCACCUCUGGAGAGUUCGGAAGGGAAAGAAGGAUCCUAGAGCCUUGUUUAUCUAUCUCCUUGAAGACCUGCGUAGCUUACCUGAGAAACCGGGUGAGGCACGAGAAAAACCCGUGGGAGGAUGAGUGUGGAUCAGUGGAGAGGUGGUCUGUGGUGUGCAGCCACAGAAGAGAUCUGAAGGAGCAACUCCAUGAGGACUUGAGCCACAAGUUAAAGACUGUUAAGACACGUCACGCAACCUGAGACGAGUCCAGACGCCAUUUGGUUUGAAAUCCUUGGAAGAGUGUCCCUGUGCAUGUGUGACCUGCUGUUCAGCCACUGCCGAUGCAACCAAGAGUCAAAAGGCCUUUGAAAGUUUGCACACUGUACACUACUGUUUUUUAUACGGUCAUUUAAAUGGUUGGGGUUCAUCAGCAGCCUGAAGAGGCUUGAUGUGUUUUUGUUUUGCUUUAAGUCGUCUCUGUGCAGGCUGUGAUUUAAGGACUCGUCGUUGUCUUGCUCACUUUUACACGCCGCAGAUGUAAACUUUAUACCUGUCGGACUGUUUUUGGUAUCCGUACGAUGCAACAUGCUAAUUCUAAUCCGUCCCAACGUGGGUUCACUUGAGACGCUCCUUUGGAGAAGAGUGCCACACCGCCAGCAAUACCGACGCUGCUUUAUUACAUAACACACUAAAUCACAACAUUUCCUUUUGAUUCUUUCUGACGGCUCCUAACCUCUGAAGAUGUGCCUCGUUCAGCUGUGAACUACUACUAACUGAAAAGGAAGUUGAUUUGCUCCAAAUUUUAUUUUUUUUUGCUUUUACGGCAGCACAUGUCUUACUCUUGGGUUAGAGAGCGGGCGUUAAAACAAUGCUGAAAUGACACGAUAUGUUUCAUGUUGGUGAAAAGGCCGCCUCUCCUCCCAGAGAAGAGUCUGUUUACACUCAUCAGCACACGAGCUGGGCUGUGAGUAGACUGAAGGACAGAGUGUGACAGACAACAGCGAGCGACAACUGCUCCUGUAAAUAAACUAGUGUGUUGUAUUAGUGUUUCAUACUGCUGCCUGUACGGUUAUCAGACCGGACUUGCAUUUUGUACCCACAAACAAACCCUGUACUUGUCUAUUUGAACCUGUGCUGCUGGUGGCUGUGUCCUGGUGGGGGUAUUGUUUCACAAAUGCAACGAGGGAAUGCCCGGUCUCCAUACCCGAUUUUUCACCAUCAAUCAAAAUCAAACCAGAGGUGUUUUCUGUAGAGUCCUGAUCUCUUAAAUCAGGGAUAUUCACUCCUGGUCCUCGUGGAUCACCUCCUGCAUGUUUUUCAUGUUUCCCUGCACUCCCAGUUUAAAUAAUGGGUGAAGAAUCGGGUGUGUUGAGGUAGGAAACGGCUAAAACCUGCAGGAUGUUGGUACUCCAGGCCCAACACAGAAUAGCCCUGUCUUAAAUGGUGCAUUGGUUUUCCCUAACUGGUAUGACUCCAUCAUGUUGAUCCUAUCUAGUGGUGAAAUGUGCCACAUUAAACCCACAGCAGGCACACAUUCCCCAUUUGUUGAGUAUUAUCAUUUCUGUGCACUACCCAGCCCUUUUAAUCACAUUUCUGUGAUGGUAAUAAAAAUGCAAUAUGUUA